UCAUGGCUUCCUGUCACUACAGCAUUCUGGUUCUAUGUCUUUUCUUGGUCUAUCCUCUUUUGCCGGCCGCAGUUUUCUUGAAUCACAAGGAAGCUAGCAAUAUGCUGCAAAGGAAAAAGCGAGCGAACUCCUUCCUGGAAGAACUGAAAACAGGGUCACUGAAGCGAGAAUGCCUGGAAGAGCAAUGCUCGUUUGAGGAGGCGAGAGAAAUCUUCCAGGAUAACCAAAGGACUAUGGAAUUCUGGAAGACCUAUACACUUCCCAAAAGAUGCAACUCCAACCCUUGCCAGAAUGGUGGGACGUGUACGAACCAUUUACAGAACUACGUCUGCCUGUGUCCUGUGGGGUAUGUAGGCAGAAACUGUGAAACAGGCAAAAUAGAAAAAUUGAAGUGCAUUUAUGACAAUGGUGAUUGCCACCAUUACUGCCACGAUACCGCAACUACAGUACGGGAGUGUUCUUGUGCGAAUGGAUACAGGCUAGCCAAUGAUGAAAUAUCUUGCAUUCCAGAAGUUGAAUAUCCAUGUGGGCAAAUUCGCAUUUUGGCCCAAAGAAAUGAGAAUCGGGAGGGAAGAAUUGUAGGUGGUCAUAUCUGUCCUCCAGGCGAAUGUCCAUGGCAAGCACUCCUAAUAGAUGGAGUAAAAGCAAAAUGUGGAGGUGUUUUAGUUGCUCAAUCAUGGGUAGUUACUGCAGCUCACUGCCUGGACCAUACGCACCCCAGUGGACUCAGAAUUAAAUUGGGUGAAUAUGACAGAGAUCAUGAAGAGGAGACUGAACAGGAAAGGAGGGUUGCUCAAAUUAUAAUCCAUGAAAAAUAUAUCCCUAAAAAAACUGACAACGACAUCGCCUUACUACGAUUAGACGAGCCAGCAAACUAUACAGAUUAUGUGGUACCCAUAUGCUUGCCUGAGCAACAGUUUGCAGUGGAUGUCUUGUCCUUCAUUAAAUAUUCUACAGUGAGUGGGUGGGGGCGUUUAAUAGAAGGCGGGGCUACUUCCUCUCUCCUUCUGCAAGUGAGGCUGCCCAAAAUAAAGACUAAAGAAUGCAUUCAGCACACUCAUUUCAAUAUUACAAGGAACAUGUUUUGUGCGGGGUACUUGACAGGGAUUAAAGAUGCUUGUGAUGGUGACAGUGGUGGCCCCCACGUCACCGAGUACAAGAAUACUUGGUUUCUAACAGGAGUUGUGAGCUGGGGGAAGGGGUGUGCAGCUGAAGGUACCUAUGGCGUUUACACAAAAAUAUCAAGAUACAUUGACUGGUUAAACAAUCAUACGCUUUGUUAAU